GUUGUGACUCAAUAAGGAAAAAACGGUCUUGGGAGAGAUACACCUCAAGACGGUCAACCAAGUUCAAACGGGCGUUCCAUACAUUGCUUGCACUUUACAAGUUUUACGCUUGGCCAAUUCAUCCUCGACUUUUACUGUCCAUAAUUUUAUCUUUCCAGAGCUAAACGUCAAACAAUAAAUCAUCACCGCCCAAGGCCACCACCUCAUCAUUCAUAUCGAAUCAUGGCCAAAAGCUCGACCAUUACCGUCGGCGUCCUUGCCCUCCAAGGCGGCGUGGUCGAGCACAUCAACCUGCUCCGCAAGGCUUCCUCCCACAUCCAAUCCCCCGACGCUCUUCAAUUCAACUUCCUUCAGGUCCGCACCAGCGCCGAGCUCAGCCAAUGCGACGCCCUCAUCAUCCCCGGCGGCGAGUCCACCACCAUGGCCAUCGUCGCCCGCCGGCUCGGGCUGCUUGAUCCCCUGCGGGAGUUCGUCAAGGUGCAGCACAAGCCGGUCUGGGGCACCUGUGCGGGGCUCAUCAUGCUCUCCGAGCAGGCGGCGGCCACGAAGCAGGGCGGGCAGGAGCUGGUGGGUGGUCUGGACGUGAGGGUGCUGCGGAACCGGUACGGCACGCAGCUGCAGAGCUUCGUGGCCGAGCUGGACCUGGCCUUUCUCGGGGAAGGGGCUGCGCCGUUCAAGGCCGUCUUCAUCAGGGCGCCGGUGGUCGAACGGGUGAUUGCCUCCGAGGAGAAGGAGCAGGAGCAGGAAGAGGAGGGCGAGGCGGGCUCUGUAGCAUCGCAGGGCAAAGGACAGGGGAAGGGGGCGCCCGUCGAGGUCCUGGGCGUCUACCGGGGCCAGGGGAAGCAGGAGGAGGCGGGCGAGGAGGGGGAUAUCGUGGCCGUGCGGCAGGGCAAUGUUUUUGGGACGAGCUUCCACCCCGAGCUGACGGACGAUGUGAGGAUACACGUGUGGUGGUUGAGGCAGGUGGUGGAUGCCACGAGGCACGGGAGUUUGCCUGUUGUUGCCGACGGCGUUUGAGAGGUGGUCGGCACAGGACCUGAAAUAGAGUCAGGAGCUGAUGACGGAUUGAUAUCAGGUAGCAUGGCGGGGGUUCGACACCACGCAGGCGUUGGUGGCGGCUCUUUUGACGGUUUGCCGUACGUUCUGUUUUGAGCCC